UCAGCGAGUGAGCCACUGCUUUCAGCUGUAAUAGGGACCGGUGGAGUAUUGUACAGUAGCCUAUGCCAGGAUUUAUACGUGCCACGCUGUGACAAAAGUACGUCGGGACAACGGUGAUAUCACCAAAGACCUGGACCGGGAAUCAAGCGUCCUUUUGCUGCUACAACAUGCAAUUGGGUCAGGGGACCUUUGACCUGAAAUGUAAAGCUUGACCUUGUCUAUGUCAGGUGAGACAGAGCCAAAGCCCUACCUGUACAGGGGUGAAUCUGAGUCCCUGUGUGGCUCUAUGUCUCAUCUGCACCACAUGGACGGGGCCUCUGAGGGGAGUGACAGCAGUCACGACCCACCCAGUUCUCCGAGGCCUCAAACACAGAUGCAUGAGGACAUGGAGAUGGGCGGAAGUGGCUCUAGUGGAAGUGGCACAGAAUCUCACAGUAACGAGUAUCACAGUAAUGAAUCGCAUGGAAAUGAGUCUGUGGGGAGUUCCAGUGGAAAUGGAAAAGAUUCUGCAAUAAUGGCAUCAUCAGGGAGUAACAAGAGCUCAAACUCUCAAAGUCUUUCCCCUCCCAGUAGCAACAAUGCAUUCAGCUUAGUCAGUUCAGAGCAAGACAACCCAUCAACCAGCGGCUGCAGUAGUGAACAGUCAGCAAAAGCUAAGACACAGAAGGAGCUUUUUAAGACCUUAAAAGAGCUGAAAUAUCACCUCCCUCCUGACAAACGCAACAAGGGCCGGGCAAGCACACUUCACACCCUCAGAUAUGCCCUGCGCUGUGUCAAACAAGUCAAAGCCAACGAAGAGUACUAUCAGAUGCUUAUGAUCAAUGACAGUCAGCCCUCAGGUCUGGACGUGUCCUCAUAUACUAUUGAAGAAAUCAACAGUAUUACCUCAGAAUAUACCCUAAAAAAUGCUGAUAUUUUUGCAGUUGCAGUGUCCCUAAUUACAGGAAAGAUUGUGUACAUUUCGGAACAGGCUGCAGGGAUCUUGAACUGCAGAAAAGAUGAGUUCAAAGACAGAAAAUUUGUGGAGUUUCUGACACCUCGCGAUGUCAGUGUGUUCUACAGUUUUACUACACCCUACAGACUUCCAUCUUGGAGCAUGUGCACCGGAACAGAGUCAUCAUCAACUGAGUUCAUGCAAGAGAAAUCCUUCUUCUGUCGCAUCAGUGGUGGUAAAGAGAAGGAAGGAGAUCUGCAGUAUUACCCAUUCAGGAUGACCCCAUAUUUGAUGAAGGUUCAAGACUCAGAGCUCUCUGAGGAACAUUUCUGCUGCCUCAUAUUGGCUGAGAGAGUUCACUCUGGAUAUGAAGCACCAAGAAUUCCACCUGAUAAGAGAAUCUUUACCACAACACACACGCCAAACUGUGUGUUUCAAGAUGUUGAUGAAAGGGCCGUGCCUUUGUUAGGAUUCCUGCCUCAGGACUUGAUUGGGACACCUCUUCUGUUACAUCUGCAUCCCAGUGACAGACCUAUAAUGUUGGCAGUGCACCGGAAAAUUCUGCAGUAUGUUGGACAGCCAAUUGAUCACUCCUCCAUCCGAUUCUGUGUGAGAAAUGGAGAAUAUGUUACACUUGAUACAAGCUGGUGUAGCUUUGUGAACCCUUGGAGCCGCAAAGUGUCUUUUGUGAUUGGACGACACAAAGUGCGCAUGGGCCCGAUGAAUGAGGAUGUGUUUUCAGCUCCGGCCUUUACAGAUGAAAAGGUUAUGGAUUCAGAUAUACAGGAAAUUACUGAACAGAUUCACAGACUGCUUUUACAGCCAGUCCAUAGUAUGGGGUCAAGUGGUUACGGCAGUCAUGGCAGCAAUGGUUCUCAUGAGCACCUGCUGAGCAUAGCAUCCUCUAGUGACAGUAAUGGAAAUGGAAACACAGCAAACAAUGGGAACAGGAUCAGUGGAAAUACCAAAAAGGAGGAGGGCAAAAUGAAACCGAGGUCAUUUCAGGAGAUUUGUAAAGGGGUUCACAUGAUGAAAGCUCAGGAACAGCAAAGUUCUUUUUCCAAAGCAGAACAGAAAAAGUUUUUGGACAUGUCUUUAGCAGGGUUCCGGUCUCCUGUUGUAAAGCAGAAAGACUCUGCACUGCUGGUUAGAGAUGGACCUGCAACAAUGGAGGAACUCAAGGACCAUACAAUGUACUCAUACCAGCAAAUCAGCUGUCUGGACAGUGUCAUCAGAUAUUUGGAGAGCUGCAAUGUCCCGAACACAGUAAAACGAAAGUAUCAGUUCUCCUCAAACACCACCUCCUCAAAUUCAGAUGAUGACAAGAAAGCCUCUGAUGCCAGUCUACAGCAAACUGAUGAUUCCCUAGGUAUGGAAGCACCAUCUUCAAUAUCUAUAAAGUCCAAUGAAAAGUCUCCGCCAGGGUCUGUCCCAGGUCGUGUUGUUGGAGGGCCUUUAUCUCCCUUGGACCUAGCCAGCAAAGCAGACAGUGUAGUUUCUCAGUGUUCCUACAGCAGCACAAUUGUACAUGUGGGAGACAAAAAAACGCAACCAGAAUCAGAGAUCAUUGAGGAUGCUGCAGAAAGCCCAGCCCCUUCUGCACCUGUGAUUUCCCCACCCACAGUGGAGCAGGAAGCCUAUAAGAAACUGGGACUUACAAAACAGGUGCUGGCAGCGCACACACAAAAAGAAGAGCAAGCAUUUUUAAGUCGGUGUAGGGAACUUCGGAAUGCUCAAGCCCUUCAGAAGGAUUGCCCACCUAGCACACAAAGAAACCGAGGACAGGCUGCUGAGGGAGCUUGUGGAUCCAAAGCAGUAGCAGGUGUCCCUGUUACAGAGGCCACCACCAAGAAAAGCUGGCGCACCAAAAAGUCGAAAAAAGCUCGCACAAAACAUCCUGAUUCAUCAGACAAUGCUGCAUCUCAGCACAGACCUCUCCCACCCCUGCAGGGUUUAAACCAGACAUCUUGGUCCCCCUCUGAGACGUCGCAGUCUGGCCUUUCAGUUCCAUUUCCAGCUGUGGUCCCAGGAUAUCCUCUCUACCCUGUAGUUCCCUCUGUUGCCCCACCCCAAGCCCCUACGGGAGUAGCAGAUUCCCAGAACACUCAGGCCACACCCUCUACAGCUUCAUAUCCUACAUCAUUAGUCACACCAGUUGUAGCGUUUGUUUUGCCUGGUUUUAUGUUGCCACAGAUAGGUACAGCACCUACUCAGCAAGCUUACAGUACACUUUUUCAGACUCAGCAAGCCUACAAUGGCCAGCAGCCCUUUCAGCCCCAGCAAGCCUACACCAGCCAACAUGGAUUUCAGCCACAACAAGCCUACAGCAGCACGCAGCAUCUUCAAAACACUCAAGGCUGCAGUACUCACCGGUGCUUUCAGACCCACACAUCCUUUACUUCCCAGCAGCAAGCAUUUACACCCCAGACACAUUUUCAGUAUGGAAUGACACCUGGCCCCAAACACUCUGCCAUUGAGUCCACAGAGUGUCCUUCACCUUUGCCACCCCCUCAGUCCCCCCCACUGUUUGAGUCUCGCUGUAGUUCUCCACUGCAGUUGGACCUGCUUCAGAUGGAGGAAAAGCAGGACUCUCAUACUGCAGCACCCCAGUCCAGCACCCAGGGUAAUUGCAGUUUAGUAGUGGACAAAAACAACACCUCCAUUAAAAGUGCUUCUGCAAUGGAUGACCUACAGCAGGCAUGUUGUUCAGGUAACGGUGACCUCUGUGGUGAUCACUCCUCAUCCAGCAGCGUGUUGGACCUGUUGUUGCAGGAAGACUCUCAUUCUGGCAUGGGCUCUGCCAUGUCAGCAUCCACUGGCUCCACUUCCAAUGACUGCAACACCUCUAACAGUGGAACAGGAAGCAACACAAGCAAGUAUUUCGGCAGUGUGGACUCCUCAGAAAACAAUCACAAGAGUGAAUACAUAAUGAAGGAACAGGAGGAGAGUUUUAAAUAUGUUCUUCAAGAGCCUAUUUGGAGACUUACGGCCAAUGAUGAUGACUGUGUCAUGAUGACCUAUCAAGUGCCAUCAAGGGAUAUGGAAAAGGUUCUGGGGGAAGAUAGGGAGCGUUUAAGGCGCAUGCAGAAGAACCAGCCCCGUUUCUCAUCAGAACAGCGUCGAGAACUGAUUGAUCAGCACCCCUGGAUGAGGAGAGGAGCGUUACCCAAUGCAAUCAAUGUCAUGGAGUGUAUGUACUGUGAGAAUGACGUCUCUGCCCCGCUAGAAGAAGACUUGCCAGAUAUGGAGUUGGGCAUUUUGGGAGGAGAAGUGGUACAACAUGGAGGAGGGUCUCAUUUACAGGAAGAGGAGGAGAAACCUAGUGAAUAAUCUGAAAAUUUUGCACUAAUCUCAGCCAGCAGAGGGCAACAGGACUUUUUAGUAUCCCUCCUGUACACACAAAGUAAAAUUGUCUGAAAGUAUCUAUUCAGAUAUCUUUUGUCAUUUUAAAAGAUUAUGAAUGUGUUUGUGAGUGUGUGUGUACAUGUGUAAAAACAAAACGUAUGCCAGGUAGCUGAUUUAUUAACCCAAAGAUGCUGUAUAAAUGUGCAAACUCUGAUUGGAUGGAACCGCUGUCACAUGGACCUAACAUACUCUGUGGUUCUGCAUCUUUACAGUUUUGCCAGCUCACUCUACUGUUUAUAUGUAGCUACAGCAAUGUUUUUUUCAGUGUAUUGAUGCUUUGUUCAGAAAUUGUCAGACUAUGUUUGUACCAGCUAAGAGUGGAAUCAGGUGUAGUGCAUCAUAAAAAAAAGUCCUAUUAUGAACACAAAAGUAUAUGGGCCAUUGCAUUUUACAAAAAAAAUCUAAACCAGGAAAUGAAACGCCUCCAUACUGUGUAUUUGGGGACCAUUCCGGCCAAAUAAGCUGUUGUGUCAUUUUGUUAAGAGGACAGCAAGUGUUUGUUGCAUGUCUUCAGGGAUGUGCAAUCAUGGAAACAAAUAUUUUUGUAGAUGUCUUUUGUAAGUCAUAAAAACUUGACCAUGUACUUAUCUGCCUUUCUCUUCAUUUUUCUUUCAUGUCUUCUUUUGGCUAUACAAAUGUUGUAGUCACAUUGCAGUCAUUCAACAAAGAUGUCAGGGCAAUAGUUCUCUGAGGGGAGGAGACUAGAUUUAUUAUGUGUAGCAUUCUGUAAAAGGUCUGAAGCUGUUCCUAUACCUGAAAUACUCGUUUUCUUUUAUCUGAAAUUCAGUGAGUAUACGCUUAUGGCCAGUAGUGCUGACGCAGAAAAAUUGGAACUGGCUCUACAUCUGUUUCUGAUUUGUGAAGUAUUAAGGCAAGAGACUGUAUGACAAGCUGAAAAGUAGGGUUAUGGCGACUGUAAAAUUGUUUAUUCAAAUUUGUCAUUUGGUUUGUGGCUGUAUUUUCAUCUUUCUUUUUUCAUAAAUGUAGUAAAUUAAACUUGUCACUUUAUUCCUACCUUUUAAUAAUAAAAAUAUAAUAUCGACA